CCGGCGUGGGAGUCGUGACCAUGCACAACAAGGCAGGCCAGGGUGUGCGACUCAUUCUCGGUGGCUCGAUGAAGCACAGCGAGGAGUAUGGGAACAAGGCGGAAUUGUUCAACCGCGAUCCUGAGCACCCCGUCGUGUAUGCCGAGAACUGGGCCGAGGCAUACCGGCCACGCCUGACAAGAGACGCAGCGAGCAAGGUUAUUGUCCAGACAAAGUUCAGUGAGCUUCUAGGGCUGCCUCCCGUUAUGGUUGCAGGUAUGACGCCAACAACUGUUCCGUGGGACUUUGUCUCUGCGACCAUGAACGCUGGAUAUCAUAUCGAGCUUGCUGGCGGGGGCUACUACAGCAAGGGUGCCUUGGAGGAAGCCAUCAACAAAAUUGUCAGCAAUGGAGUUCCUGGUCAGGGUGUCACCUGUAACAUCAUCUAUGCCAGUCCAAAUUCCGUUCGCUGGCAGAUUCCCCUGCUGCAGGAGCUCCGUUCCAAAGGCGUCCCGGUUGAUGGAAUGACAAUUGGAGCCGGAGUUCCGUCGGUUGACGUCGCCAAUGAGUAUAUUGAGACGCUCGGGCUGAAGCACAUUGCUUUUAAGCCCGGGUCUGUCGAGGCAAUCCAGCAAGUUAUUGACAUCGCCCGCGAGAACAAGUCCUUCCCUAUCAUUCUGCAGUGGACUGGUGGCCGCGGCGGUGGUCACCACUCAUAUGAGGACUUCCAUGCUCCUAUCCUGGAGAUGUACAGUCGCAUCAGGGCCUGCAAGAACAUUGUUCUUGUCGCUGGCAGCGGUUUUGGUGGCGCUGACGACACCCUCCCCUACUUGACCGGUGAAUGGACCAAGGCAUUCAACGCCCCUUCGCCUAUGCCAUUCGAUGGUAUCCUUCUCGGCAGCAGGGUCAUGACAGUCAAGGAGGCCCACACGAGCGUUGAGGCCAAGCAGCUGAUUGUGGAUAUCCCCGGUGUCGACGACGCAGCCUGGGACCAGACGUACACCCGACCGACUGGAGGAAUCCUUACUGUUCGGUCCGAGAUGGGCGAGCCGAUCCACAAGAUUGCCACUCGUGGAGUGCGCUUCUGGGCUGAGAUGGAUCGCACCGUGUUCAGCAUUGCCGACAAAAAGGCUCGGGUGGCUUACUUGAAGGAGAACAAGGAUCGCAUCAUCAAUGGCCUCAACAAGGAUUUCCAGAAAGUGUGGUUUGGACAGGACGCCAAUGGCAAGGCUUGUGAAUUGAACGAGAUGACCCUCGCGGCGGUGGCGUGGAGAAUGGUCGAGCUUCUCUACAUCAAGCACCAAGCCCGCUGGAUCCACCACAGCCUGCAGCAAUUGACCUUUGAUUUCCUUCAAUGGAUCGAGGAUGAAGCCAGCGAGUCUAGUGAUGUCUCCAAGCCGCGGUAUUGGCAGUCGGUUGGCCAAAUCGAUGAGCCCGACACGACCAUCGAGCAGUUCUUUGCCAGCCAUUCCAAAGCAACCUCGGAGCUGAUGGAUGCACCAAGCACGCAGAUUUUUGUGCAUCUUUGCCGGCGGCGUGGCCAGAAGCCGGUUCCGUUUAUUCCGGUUCUCGACGAGGAGUUCGAGGUGUGGUUCAAGAAGGAUUCCCUGUGGCAGUCUGAAGAUGUCCAGGCAGUACCCGGACAGGAUGUCGGCCGGAUCUGCGUGCUCCACGGCCCUGUCGCAGCCAAACAUACGACCGUCGCGAACGAGCCGAUCAAGCAUCUCCUAGAUGGCAUCCACGCCCAGUGGGUGAAGUCUCUUUCGGAACAAGGAUAUGACAACGACCAGCCUCAAACGCCAUUGACCGACGAGGGUAUGAGUGAGGUGCCGAGUGAGAUAUCCCUCACGAGAACCUAUGACCCCAUGCUGCUCAGCGAGGACCUGCCUCGAGUUGAGAACUGGAUGCAGCGGUUGGCUGGAACGCAGAAAGGCUGGAGACAGACUAUCUUCCUCCAGAAGACAAUCGUGCAAGGCCACAGUGUCUGCGAUAACCCUAUCCGCAGACUCUUUGCUGCCCGGCCAAACAUCUAUGUUGAAGUCGAGGAAAUCACGUCUACCGAGCAGUGCGUUAUCCGGCUGUUCGAGAGAGGAGCUGAUAGCACGCCAGCCUUGGUCGUUGAGGUCCAUGCCAUCACCCAGAAUCUAAUCAAAGUUAUACUGUUCGGGGAUCGCACUGUCACUGGCACACCGGCAGGGCUUGAGCUGUUGUUCAGCUACCACCCCGAGCUUCCAUUUGCACCUCUACGCGAGCUGCUCUCCGACAAGAUCGACCGGGUCAAGGACUUUUACCAUCGGCUUUGGUUCGGUGAGUCGCUGAGUUCUGCUAGCACUCUGUCCCAGGAGGAGCAGUUCCAUGGCGAUGCCGUCACCGUGACUGCGGAGGAUAUCAAGAAGUUCAGCCAGUGUGUUGGCGGUACUUCGUCAGCACCCCGUUCCAAGAAACUGAGUGCCCCCAUGGAUUACGCAAUUGUCGUUGCCUGGAAGUCCGUCAUGAAGCCAUUGUUCACCAAGACCAUCAGUGGCAAUUUGAUGAAGUUGGUGCACUUGUCCAACGAGUUUCGCCGUCUGGGAAGCUCGGAUAUCCAAGAGGGAGAUGUCCUCUCGUCCCGAGCGCACAUUCGUGCGAUUCUCAAUGAAGACUCGGGCAAGAUUGUCGAGGUCGCUUCCUUGGUUAGCAAAGAUGGUGUUGACGUCGUCGAGGUCAUAAGCCGCUUCAUGUACCGAGGCACCUACAACGACUACGACACUGCUUUCCAGCAGGUCAAGGAACCAAAGGUCGAACUCCAGCUCGCGGGUGUUAAAGAUGUGGCAGUCCUUCGUUCCAAGCCAUGGUUCUCUCCUAAGAACGCAGACCUGGACCUUCAAGGCUUCAAGCUCACGUUCGAGCUGGAAACCCAUGCUCAAUUCCAGAGCAAAUCAGUCUACCGUCAGCAAAGAUGUUUCGGUCCGGUUUAUGGUCGGUCGCCUGCGGGUGAAACGCUAGAACUGGCCUACAUCGACCACACUGUGGGCGCUUCCACCAGCAACCCCAUCAUGGACUACCUCAGGCGCCAUGGAAGCGUGGUGGAGCAGCCUGUUCUCUUCCAGUCGCCAAUCACCCUUGGUGGAGGUGAGAUCCAGCUCAGGUCCCCCAAGUCCAAUGAAGAAUAUGCCGUCGUCUCUGGUGACUACAACCCAAUCCACGUCUCGCGGACCUUUGCCGCCUACGCAGAGCUCCCUGACACCAUCACUCAUGGCAUGCACAUGAGCGCAAAGGUCCGUGGCUUGCUGGAGCAACUGACAGUCCCGGGCAAUGCCCGCGGCUUCAAGCGCUAUCAGUGCAAUUUCGUCGGCAUGGUCCUUCCGGAGGACGACGUCGAGCUCAUUCUGCAGCACGUCGGCAUGGUCAACGGACGGAAGCUGGUCCAUGCGGAGGCACGUCGUGCUGGUACCGGUGACAAGCUGAUCGUCGCGGAGGCCGAGAUUGAGCAGCCCAGUACUGCCUUCCUGUUUACCGGUCAGGGUAGUCAAGAGAAGGGCAUGGGCAUGGAGCUUUACGCUGCUAGUCCUGCAGCUCGCAAGGUGUGGGAUCUGGCCGACAAGCAUUUCCUCGAGAACUUUGGCUUCCGUAUUACCGACAUUGUUCGGAACGAUCCCAAGGAGCUCAAGAUUCACUUUGGCGGCAGUCGCGGCCGGGCCAUCCGAGAAAACUACAUGGCCCUUCGUUGUGAGAUGAUCCAUGCCGAUGGGCGCACAACAUCGGAGAAGAUCUUCAAGAACAUCACCGAGGAGACCAAGUCGCACACCUUCCGGUCAAGCACUGGUCUCUUGUCCUCUACUCAAUUCACCCAGCCGGCGCUGACCCUCAUGGAGAAGGCCAUCAUCGAGGACAUGAAGGACAAGGGAUUGUUGGCCGACCACUGCAGCUUUGCUGGCCACUCUCUGGGAGAAUACUCUGCCCUGGCAGCCAUCGCAGAGAUCAUGCCUAUCGAGAGUCUGGUGUCGGUGGUCUUCUACCGGGGUCUGACGAUGCAAAUGGCAGUGGAGCGCGACGACCAGGGAAGAUCGAACUUUUCCAUGUGUGCCGUGGACCCGAGUCGCCUGUCGAAGACAUUCACUGAAGAUCGCCUCCGAUACCUGGUGUCUCUCAUUGCCAGCGAAACCGGCUGGCUACUCGAAAUCGUCAACUACAACGUGGCCAACUCCCAAUACGUCUGUGCAGGCGAUCUCCGCGCCCUCGACACCCUCUCCUCCCUGAUCGGCGAAAUCAAGCGUCGUCAGUCCGACUUCCAGGCCCUCCUACAGGGCAACCAACCCGUCGAGGAAAUCCGCGCCAGCGUCCUGGACACAUUGCACCACUGCGCCAGUUCCGCCAAGGCCAAGCCCCAACCCAUCCAGCUCGAACGCGGUGCCGCCACCGUGCCACUCCGGGGCAUCGACGUACCUUUCCACUCGUCUUUCCUCAGCCCAGGCAUCACCGCUUUCCGCGCAUGUCUCUACAAGUACAUUGACAAAGACACCCUGGACGCGGACCGAUUGAUCGGGAAGUAUAUCCCGAAUCUGACGGCGCGGCCGUUUGAAGUCAGCGAGGAAUAUUUCCGGCAGGUGUUUCGGUUGACCAAGUCGCCGAUUGUGGCGAGAGUGUUGUCGGAGUGGCGAGAGUAUAUGGAUGUUGAGCGCGGAUUAGAGAAGGUGACCCGCUCUGCAGCGGUUAUUGAGGCAUGAUUUGAUUGUUUAUGUUUGGCGUUGUUGAUAUCCGGG